GGCUGCCGGCGACGGUUGUAUCCGGCCGGCGCCUUUUUCUCCUCCCCCUCCUUCCCUGGAAACUGCCUCUGCUGCCGUUGCUGCAGCCCUCGCUCGCGCUCCCUCUCAUUCUCCCUCGCAGACCCCCCCCCUCCCUCCUUCCUCCCUUCCCGCCCUUUCGUCUCUCUCUCGCUUUCUGUCUCUAUGACGCGAUGGCAACGGCCAACUUCGGCAAGAUCCAGAUAGGGAUCUACGUGGAGAUCAAGCGCAGCGAUGGACGAAUACAUGAAGCUAUGGUAACAUCUCUUAAUGAAGAUAAUGAAAGUGUUACAGUUGAAUGGAUUGAAAAUGGUGAUACUAAAGGAAAAGAGAUUGACUUGGAGAGUAUAUUUUCGCUUAACCCAGACCUUGCUCCUGAAGAGGAUGAUCCUAGCCCAGAGACACCUCCACCUCCAACACCUUCAGCUAAAGUAAACAAAAUUGUGAAGAAUCGACGGACUGUGGCUCCUUCUAAAGUUGAAGCUCCUGCUAGAGACAACAGAGUAAUUGGUUCUGCACGUGCGCGACCUACUCAACUUCCUGAACAGUCUUCCUCUACACAACAGAAUGGUAGUGUUUCAGAUAUAUCUCCAGUUCAAGCUGCAAAAAAGGAAUUUGGACUCCCUUCACGUAGAAAAUCAAAUUGUGUGAAAGAAGUUGAGAAAUUACAAGAAAAACGUGAGAAACGAAGAUUACAGCAGCAGGAACUUAGAGAGAAACGAGCUCAGGAUGUUGAUGCUACAAAUCCAAACUAUGAAAUUAUGUGUAUGAUCAGAGAUUUUAGAGGAAGUCUGGAUUAUAGACCACUGACAACUGCAGAUCCCAUUGAUGAGCACAGGAUAUGUGUAUGUGUUCGAAAACGACCACUCAAUAAAAAAGAAACUGUAGUGAAAGAUCUUGAUGUAAUAACAAUCCCUAGCAAAGAUGUUGUAAUGGUACAUGAACCCAAACAAAAAGUGGAUUUAACAAGGUACUUAGAAAACCAAACUUUCCGUUUUGACUAUGCCUUUGAUGACAGCGCACCUAAUGAAAUGGUCUACAGGUUUACUGCAAGGCCCCUGGUAGAAACCAUAUUUGAAAGAGGAAUGGCUACCUGUUUUGCUUAUGGACAAACAGGCAGUGGAAAAACCCAUACUAUGGGUGGUGAUUUUUCAGGAAAGAAUCAAGAUUGUUCUAAAGGAAUUUAUGCGUUAGCAGCUAGAGAUGUCUUUUUAAUGUUGAAGAAACCAAACUAUAAGAAACUAGAACUUCAAGUAUAUGCAACGUUUUUUGAAAUUUACAGUGGAAAGGUUUUCGACUUAUUGAACAGGAAGACCAAAUUAAGAGUUUUAGAAGAUGGUAAACAGCAAGUCCAGGUGGUGGGAUUACAGGAGCGAGAGGUUAAAUGUGUUGAAGAUGUAUUAAAGCUUAUUGAGAUAGGCAACAGUUGCAGAACAUCUGGUCAGACAUCUGCAAAUGCACACUCAUCUCGGAGUCAUGCAGUGUUUCAGAUCAUCCUCAGGAGAAAAGGGAAACUGCAUGGUAAAUUUUCAUUGAUUGACUUGGCUGGAAAUGAAAGAGGAGCAGACACUUCUAGUGCAGACAGACAAACACGACUGGAAGGUGCUGAAAUUAACAAGAGCCUUUUAGCACUCAAGGAGUGCAUCAGAGCCUUAGGCCGAAAUAAACCUCAUACGCCAUUCAGAGCGAGUAAACUUACUCAGGUCCUGAGAGAUUCAUUCAUAGGAGAAAACUCUCGCACGUGUAUGAUUGCUACUAUUUCUCCUGGGAUGGCAUCUUGUGAAAACACACUAAAUACAUUAAGAUAUGCAAACAGAGUAAAGGAAUUUGGAAUUAGUCCUUCAGACAUUCCCUUCUCACAGGGUAGUGGCAGUCGCUCUGAUCUCUCUCCUUCCUAUGAGUAUGACGACUUUUCUCCUUCGAUCACAAGAGUAAAGGAGCUGACAGUUGAUCCCAGUGCUGCUGGUGAUAUCCGUCCAAUCAUGCAUCAUGCUCCAAAUCAGAUUGACGACUUGGAAGCACAGUGGGGUGUUGGGAGCUCACCUCAGCGAGAUGAUCUGAAACUGCUUUGUGAACAAAAUGAGGAGGAAGUUUCACCACAGCUGUUCACUUUCCAUGAAGCUGUGUCACAGUUGGUGGAAAUGGAGGAGCAAGUUGUAGAAGACCACAGAGCUGUCUUCCAGGAAUCUAUUAGAUGGUUAGAAGAUGAAAAAGCUCUUCUGGAAAUGACAGAAGAAGUAGACUAUGAUGUGGACUCCUAUGCGACACAGCUUGAAGCAAUCCUAGAACAAAAAAUUUACGUGUUUACUGAACUUCGAGAUAAAGUGAAGUCCUUCCGCACAGCACUACAAGAGGAAGAACAGGCCAGUAAACAAAUCAAUCCGAAGAGACCCCGUGCCCUUUGAGGCAAACUUCUGCUGCUAAAGGAUGCCUGAGCCUCAUUGCUGUACCAUUGUGGUUGGUUUGGAAAUGAAGCUGUAAGAAGUCGACUACUUGAACGAUUUAAAACUGUUUGAAGUAUCCUGUGGAAAUAUUCCAUUUCUUUUCUCCCGGCUGACAUUUCAGUUGUGUGGAACACUCCUAAGAUGUCUGCAAAAUGCUUCUAGACCAGAUAGCACAACCAGGCAGGUUUUGGAGCUGGGAAGCACUUUUGUUUCAAAUGAUUUAACUUACUCAAAUUGUGAAUCUUUUUUGUUUUGGAAUUUUUGCCAAUUUUUUUAAAUAAUGAAGUAAAAUGGUGGACUUGUAAAAACUUCACAGUAUUUUGUUUUACUUAUGUCAAGUUUUGUUGCAAACAACAGCUGUGCGGUUUUGUAUUUGCAUGCCUGCCCACCUCAUCAGUGAUUGUAUAUACCUCUUCUAGACAGCUGUGCUCACCUCUUCCUGUUCUGUGCCUUGACCAAGGCGACUUGACCCUAAAUGUCCUCUCUAAAGCACAGCCUUAAUAAAUGACAUUCCUUACCUGUCAAUGUAAAUUACUUUUAUCGGGUGUACAUUUUCAAUGUGUGUUGUUUUUUCUUUUCUUUUUCGUGACUAGUUCUUCAUUUCACAGUAUGUGCCAUAUCAUUGACCUGGAAUUAAAAAAUUAUCAUGUGAAUUGACAGCAAGCCAUUCCAUUUUUCCCUGUACAAAUUCUGGAAUCAUGUUUUUAUUUCAAUGCCAUAAAGAGUCUCUAACAUCUUCUUUGUAAAGAACAAAACUAUAAAUUAGUGGAUGUAUAAUAAAAGGUAAACUAAUUAUGAAGGAGAGUUGUAUCUUAGGGUAAUACAAAUAUACGGUAUGUGUGCUAGUGUGAUGUCAGAAUAAAAGGUGCAAUCUGAUUUCUACAUAUGCGUAAGGAGAGGUGUCACAGGAUAUGAAAAUAACCCUUUCUUGUAUGACUAAAAUUGGCUUCUGGUGCAUGAAAGUUUACAUGUGCAUUAACUGUAGUUUGCAGAUAGCUAGUACUGUUGCUUUAAAAGAAAGUAGCUAAUGCAUAUUUUCCAUUUGUACAGUGCCAUCAGUUGAAAAGUGGGGUGAAUUUGUACCAUUUGAGGAUUUGCACAGUAACUCCACAAAACCUGUCUGAUGCUGAAGAAAUUCCACAAUGAUGCCUGAAACCUUCACAAAUGGCACUGUGUAUCCAGCACUUUUUAAGAUGGUGGCACUUCAAUUAUUUUUUCAAAUUGCUGUCCAAAAGACAUUGCCCUUUUAUGUAUUUUUGUCAGAUGCAUUUAGAUCUCUCUAGGAGUUCUCCCUGUUCCCAGAAUAGAUUCCAGGUACUCAUAUCAACAGACAUUCCUUGGAAUGGUUUCACUUUUUUUCUGGAACUUAAGCCUGUCUUUGCUGUGACUUAGGGAAAUAAAGGGAAAGCAAUGAAAAGAGAGCUUAAUGAGCCAGAAUUUCUCAGUAUUGAACAGAAUUCAUUUAAAAAGGUAGGCUGUGGAAGUCCUUUACCAUAUCAUGGUGACAAAGCACCUAUCUGUAAACAUGAAAACGGAAACAAUGUAGAUUUUACACAAUGUGUUUAAUAAAUUUAAAUAUGAAAUAUAA